AUGCCAUCUCAGACUAACCAUGACGACUUUGAUCUCAAAGCAAAGAUUCGUGCCAAAGUCGAGGUCAUCGGGAGGGAACCGUGCUGGGAGUAUUUCAUCUACCAGCUAGGCGUAUUCCUUCGCGAAUCCAUGAGGGACCAUGCCGAACUCGAUGAGUACUUGCUGAAAAAUCAGGUUGAACGAUUCGAAAGGGAAAAGGUUGGAAAAGGUCAUUUAGACCCGAACUUGGUCGAUGCGCUGUCCCGGUCAUCGGCCAUGCGAAAACUCUUACCUGAAAGAGCUCGGUUGGAUUGGAACGUGAACUGUAUUGUCUCGAGAGAUCCCGGCCAUAUCCAUCUGGCUUGUGCAAAGAUGAUACUUUUAUGGACGUUCCUCCUGCACUAUGACUUGGCAACACUAGAAAAUGAGAUCCUAAGGGUUAAUAAUGAUAAAUGGGAUUACAGAGGGCUGCAGGCGGAGACUGUCAGAAUCCUCGCUUGCUUCCACCCUCCCGUACAGAGAUUCGAGCAGAAGAUGACCCAGGAAACACCUGAAGAGCCGAGACGUUGGAUGGGCCUGUCGAUGCGAUAUGGAAUCUUCGAGUUACGAGAGCCAUUGAAUGGGAAUCGAACGCCUACAAUUUUCGACAAGAUCCAAAAUUUAUACGUUGGCUAA